GGGGCUAAGCACGUUCAGUUGCCGGGAACGCAAAUAGCACGUGGCUUGUAGCCGGCUGCUGCGCUUGCAUUGAUUCACGUUUUUCCACACAGUUGAGUUGUAAGAUGGCGGCGCGGUGGGGAACAGGCGAGGAGAUGUUAAAAGCCUGUAAUACUCAAAUGUUCUCACCGGUGAAUCUUGACGAGGUGGAGGUGCUUCAGGAAAGCUUCAAUGCCAGCUGUCUGGAGUAUCCUGGCCUUAGCAAUGGAGAUGCUCUGGAGGCUUUACAAGGCUGCCUUGAUCCUUCUAUUUUGUCCAUUUUUGAGGACAGCCCCACUGGAGAAGUUAAAAGUAAUAUUGAUGAGGAAAGUGAAGCAACACUGCUCACAGCUCUCACUGAAAUACUUGACAAUGUUGAUGAUGAAAACUUGUCCCCUUUUGACACUCUGCCGGAUUCAGACCUGUUCUCAGGGCAGAAGGGUCAGGAACAUUCACCACUGAGAAAGUUCCUCACAUGGUCUCCUCCAGAGUCAAUGAUUCAGACAAGACAAUUUCCUGGGAAGAAUCUCCCACGAAUGCAAAGAGUGUCCCAGCAGAACAGUGAAGGAGAAGAGGAAGAUGGAGAUGCUAGUUUUUCGACACCCAUAGCCAAUAUUGAUUUGUCAUCACUGGAUGAAUUUGACUGGUGCCUUCCUGUGUCCUUAGAGCAGGAUGGAGAGAGUAUGCCCGUCACUCUCAGUGAUUUAGUAAAACACAUGCACCCUUAUUGCAUGACAUUAUGUGUGGAAGGAGAAGAGGGACAAGAGCAUCUUCUGCCUGAGAGGGGCCUUGUGCUAGAAGUGGUUGAUCAAGGAGAGCAUGGAGAGCCCAUCCUGGCAAUCCCAGAUCUCAGCAUCCCUCUUUCUCACACAGACUCCACAGAAGGUGAACAAAGAGUACCAGAGAAAAACGUAGACAAGCCAGAACCAAAGCCUGAAGAUAGUGCUGAAAAAGUCCCACCUCCUUCUGAAGUAUCUCCCGUGGAGGAGGAGAAAGAGGUUAUCAAGGUACGUAAAGGGAAAAAGAAAAGGAAACUUCUCAAAGCCCCUCUGGUUGAACAGAGAAUUUUGAGAAGCUCAAGUGUUAAAGAAGAGCCACAGAAGAAACGCCCGGAAGAACAAAAGAAAAAGGUGACUUUCUCACCUGUGCUCUCAUCAGCAGAGCCUAAAAACCCUAAACUUGAUCGUCCUACUGAGUUGACGACCCUAUAUAUCACAACCCCUCAAGCUGAAGCAAAGAUCACUGACUCGCAGCCAGAGAACAAACCACUUGAAAAGUCUGUGGAGGAACAACCACCUUCAAAAGAAGAGCCUGUUAGCGAACAGCCUGCUGUUUGUCAGCGUAAUGAAACGAAGCCCAAACCUCUCAGUUUACAGCAAUACCGUCUUCUUCGCCAGCAGAAGAAACCAGAUCCAGUGGACAAACCGGAGGAUUACAGCACUAAAUGGCCCAAGUUGCCUGAACCACCCAAGGAGCUUCCCCCAAUACCCUGCCUGCCAGACCCCAACCCCAGAGAUCCACGUAAAACCAUGCAUGCUCAUCUUAAAAAAGACCUUGCACCUGAAAUCAUGCCCGCAUGGCACCCGAGAGGCCCCGCUGCUCCCCCAACGCCUGAAGCUUUGCUCACCCCACCAGCUUCACUGAUGGCUUCCUCAAAGAAACCUGUAACUUCUAAACCAACCCCUCCACCUUCUGAUACAUCUAAAAGUUCACCCCAGUCAGUUCACCCCUCACCCCAGAAACCACCUGCUCCCAUAAGCGUGCCACAAAACACUAUUCAUACCGAGACCUCUUCCCCAAUCAGACAUGUGGCUGAAGUUGUCCCUGAAAGGACUGUUUCAUUAUCAGUGUCUACUACAUCUGGAGACCCUCAAGGUCUCAGUGCACAGAGUCAUAAGGAAUGUUUACAUGGGAGCCCAAAUGGUGCUCCAUCCCAAGCUCCCUCAAGGCCUCAGAUGAUCACUACACAAGUUCAGAGCUCAAACUCUAGCCCUCAAAUACCUAGUGCUGCUGUGCCUGCAAAGAGAGAGACCGAGCAGGUUGUUUUGGCCCCUGUGUCUGAUCAAGCCAAAAACACACUGCCAAAUAAUUCUAAAAAGCUGACCUCACGGUCACAGCCUCAUGUUGCACCAAUAGCUGCUCAGCCGUUUUUCUCGGCUCAAGUUCAGGCCAGAGUUGUUGAACUGGCAGAGCAGAUGAGGAUGGCUUCCUCUGAGAUCCCCAAACCGAAGAACACCACAGUUGAGCUGAUUGAGUCUUUCACAAGUGAAAUUGGUAUUGAAGCUGCUGAUCUUACAAGCCUCCUGGAGCAGUUUGAGGAGUCUCAAUCCAAAGAAGAGCAAAGUGUACCGGAGGUCUGUGGUAGAGCAGCUGCUGUAGGAAACUCCAGUUAUGAGCAGGUGGAGACCAAGGCCGUGGAGAAAACCCGCAACCAUGACCUGGGAAGCACAGCAGGUCUUACACCUCCUGCCACACCCCCACACCAGAUGUGGAAGCCUAUUGCACCAGUUUCUCUACUGGGGAAAACCAAGAAGUCAGAGGUCCUCAAGCCAACUCCUAACAAGGCCAUUCAGAUAGAGGCAAGACCACUACCUUCAAAUAAGCUGCGCAGCAAGCCUCAGACCCCUACUACUACUGGACAGACUCAGCCUUUCUCCCUUGACCACGACUACUGCCUCCCUCCAAAAGAACCCUGUCAAAAUGAAGUUGGCAAUCGGUGGAAUGUCAAACAACAGCCUAGCAUUGUUAUCAAGACCGUUGAGCUGCCGUCCAACAAGCCAGCCCAGAGCAGCAGCAUCAAAGCUACAACAACUCCUUCAGUUACAGAGGGAACCCAGAGAAAUCUCAGCUUUAGUCAACCUGCAGAUAGGAGGUGUACAUUAAAUAGCUCUGCUUUGGAGACUCCGGACGCCUCUCCAAACAGGCCUGACUCUGAAAGCUCUUUACUGGGUGAAGCAAAAUGCAACCAGCAGAAAUUUGUGAACUACUCUGAGCGUUCCUCCAGACAGUACCAGCAGGACAGAGGCCGCUCGAAGCGAAGAUAUAGAGGCCGAUCCUCUAGUAGCUCAGAAUCCAGCUCAGAGUCCUCCUCCAGGUCAUGUUCACCACCUAGGAAAAGAUACAGGUCUCGUGACUCAAGCAGCAGAUCCAGUUCAUCAUCUCGGUCUCGUUCCCGAUCCAGCUCAAGGUCAUUUUCCCCGCCCCGCCAGCGACGGUAUUCAUAUUCAAGUUCACACUCUGGAUCCUGGAGCCGCAGCCGCAGCCGCUCUCGAUCCAGCUCCCGCUCCUCUGACAUCGAACAAAGGCGUUGGAAAAGUCAUAGAAGCCCUAAUCAGAGAUCUGGUUACCAGUGUUCACAAAAUUCCAAUGAGGAUUCAAAAAGAUACAAGGAGAAAGCAAUUGAGGAGCGGAGAGUAGUUUAUGUUGGACGAAUUCGUGGAAGCAUGACUCGUAAAGAGCUGAAGGAACGCUUCUCAUUCUUCGGAAAGAUUGAGGAGUGCACUGUGCACUUUAGAGAAAAUGGGGACAACUAUGGCUUCGUUACAUACUACGACACGAACCAUGCAUUUGACGCUAUAGAAAAUGGAAGCAAGCUGAGGGAGCAGAAUGAGCUUCCAUUUGACCUGUGCUUUGGAGGCAGGAGACAGUUCUGCAAGACCAGUUAUGCUGAUCUUGAUUCAAACCGGGAGUACGAUCCACACCCUACAAAAGGCAAAUUUGAUGCACUAGACUUCGACACUUUACUCAAACAGGCUCAGAAGAACCUGAAAAGGUAACGAUUAGUCAAGCCACAGGAGAGAAGACCGAUUACCUCGGAGCAAAAUGCUGCCCUACACUUCCAGUGUUGCCUCUCAAUUACUGUUUUUGGUUGUUUUUGUUAGUUUUUCUGUUUUUGUUUGUUUCUGCAAGUUUACACCUUCUAUUGAAGUGAAGAUUUGUAAGAAAAAUCGAAAGUGCAAAAAAAAAAAAGAGAAUUAUGAAAUAUAAUGAAACUGUGGAAUGAAAUAAUAGAAUUUUUUUAAGAGGAUUAAAUUUAUUUAAAUGUUUAAUCUGAAUUGCUGAAUGUUAGAUACAUUUUAAAAUGAAUUGAAUGGGAACAUUAUGUUGGGGAAAACAGGUUUAUAAUGCUGAAUUUAUUUCAACCUAAAUAAACCUGAGAUAAAAUCAA